AUGGAGCAGAAAGGAGAUAAGGUGUACAGAGAGUCAUUUACUUGUUCAAUCUGCCUGGAUCUACUGAAGGACUCUGUGACUAUUCCUUGUGGACAUACCUACUGUAUGAACUGUAUUAAAACCCACUGGGAUGAAGAGGAUCAGAGGAAGAUCUACAGCUGCCCUCAGUGCAGACAGACCUUCACACUGAGGCCUGUCCUGGUGAAAAACAUCAUGUUAGCAGCUUUAGUGGAGCAGCUGAAGAAGACUGGACUCCAAUCUGCUGCUGCUGAUCACUGCUAUGCUGGACUUGAAGAUGUGGCCUGUGAUGUCUGCACUGGGAGGAAGAGGAAAGCCUUCAAGUCCUGUCUGACUUGUCUGGCUUCUUACUGUGAGAAUCACCUCCAGCAUCAUUAUGAUGCACCUCCAUUGAAGAAACACAAGCUGGUUGAGCCCUCCAAGAAGCUCCAGGAGAACAUCUGCUCUCGUCAUGAUGAGGUGAUGAAGAUGUUCUGUCGUACUGAUCAGCAGAGUAUCUGUUAUCUGUGCUCUGUGGAUGAACAUAAAGGCCACGACACAGUCUCAGUUGCAGCAGAAAGGACUGAGAGGCAGAGAGAGCUUGAGGUGAGUCGACUAAACAUCCAGCAGAGAAUCCAGGACAGAGAGAAAGAUGUGGAGCUGCUUCAGCAGGAGGUGAAGACAAUCAGUAACUCUGCUGAAAAAGUAGUGGAGGACAAUGAGAAGAUCUUCACUGAGCUGAUCCGUCUCAUCCAGAGAAGAAGCUCUUUUGUGAAUCUGCAGAUUAGAUCCCAGCAGGAAACUGAAGUGAGUCGAGUCAAAGAGUUUCAGGAGAAGCUGCAGCAGGAGAUCACUGAGCUGAAGAGGAAGGACGCUGAACUGAAGCAGCUCUCACACACAGAGGAUCACAACCAGUUUCUACACAACUACCCCUCAGUGUCAGAACCUACAGACUCAUCCAGCAUCAAUAUCCGCCCUCUGAGCUACUUUGAGGAUGUGACAGCAGCUGUGUCAGAGCUCAGAGAUAAACUACAGGACAUCCUGAAGGAGGAAUGGACAAACAUCUCACUGACAGAGACAGAAGUGGACGUUUUACUGUCAGAACCAGAGCCAAAGACCAGAGCUGACUUCUUAAGAUAUUCAUGUGAAAUCACUCUGGAUCCAAACACAGCAAACCCAUGGCUGUUAUUAUCUGAGGCGAACAGAGAAGCAGAAGUAAUGCAUGAACCACAGUCUUAUCCUAGUCACACAGACAGAUUCACUCAUUGGGUUCAGGUCCUGAGCAAAGAGAGUCUGCUUGGACGUUGUUACUGGGAGGUGGAGUGGAGUGGGGAAAGAGUUGAUAUAGCAGUCGCAUACAAGAAUAUCAUGAGAGCAGGAAACUCAAAUAAAUGUAGAUUUGGAUUUAAUAACAAAUCUUGUUCUUUUAAAUGUCACAGUAGCGGUUAUGAAUUUUGGUCGAAGAGAAAACUUUCUCCCGUCUCAGGUCCUGUUUCCUCCAGAGUCGGAGUGUACCUGGAUCACAGCGCAGGUAUUCUGUCCUUCUACAGCGUCUCUGAAAUCAUGACUCUCCUCCACAGAGUCCAGACCACAUUCACUCAGCCUCUCUAUGCUGGAAUUCAUUUUUAUACACCUGGAGCCAAAGCUGAGUUCUGUAAACUCAAAUAG